AUGGCGCCAAAUGGCACGGGUCGCAAGGCGCCGGCCGCCGGCAAGCCAAAGUUCAACUUUGCGUCGCGCGCGAGAGUCGACGAGGCUCUAGGCAACGAUGCCAAAAGGCAAUCGUUGAAGCUCAAAGAUGAUGUUGUCAAGAGGCUGCCCAAGGCGUCGAAACCAGGCAACUGGGACUCGGACAUCAUUGGAGGUAUGGACAAAGACACGAGCGGAGUCGUCAAUCGCGUGCCUAUGGAUGUUGCCCGGGCAUUCGUUACCGGUCAUCCCAUGCAAGAUGAAGCGGACAUUGUCAGAUGCAACCACUGCAAACGCCCCGUGCUGAGGCACAAAGCCAAAGCGCACAUCGAAGAGUGUAUACAAAAGAAGCAGGAAAAGCAACGGAAAAAGAAAGAAGCCAAGGACGCACGCGACGCCGCCGCGCGAAGAGCUGAACGAGAGAACGCCGACAGUGACUCUGAAGAGGACGACAUCACAAUGGGUGCCAAGACGGCUGGUAAGAACGACGGCACCUCAGGCAAGAAGCGCAAGGCCGAGGACUCGACCGAAGGCGCAAAGAAGAAGAAAAAGAAGGACGAGCCAAAGGCCAAAGCCCCUCGUCCAAAGGCGCCUGUCGAUGUCGAGAAACAGUGCGGUGUACCUCUUGCCAAUGGUGCUCAGUGCGCUCGCAGUUUGACGUGCAAGAGCCACAGCAUGGGUGCAAAGCGUGCCGUGCCCGGCAGAAGUGCGCCCUAUGACAAGCUGCUGGCCGAGUACCAGCGCAAGAACCAGGCAAAGCUACAGAAGCAAGCUCUCGAAGCUCAACAGCCAUUCCAAGACGACGAGUUCGCUCACGCUGGUCCUAUCGACUCAGACGAAGAGAAGGAUCUUGUUCUUGCCGCCAUCGCACGUUCCCAGCCACGCCCUCUCUGGCAAUCACAGCCCGUCCCCCUCAAACGCAAAUAUCAAUAUGUCCGCAUCAAGGAAAUGAUGAGCAGUGCUCUGGGCGGAAAGGGAGCAGGUCUCUUCCGCACUGGCCCUCCACCUGAAGAAGACAACAACAAUCUCAUGAAUGGCAUGAACGGCUUGGAUGCUAUGAAUGCAACACCGGACAACAGCGACAGAAGAAUGAGCGGCGUGCAGCGCACAAUGACAGGAACGCAUUCCCGCAAGACGAGUGCUGUUGCCUAA